AUGGGUUUCGAUUUCACCGUCUACAAGGGAUCCUCCGACGGAUCUAUCAAAAAAGCCACCACCCAUCGCGAUGCCCUCUCUCGCGAUCAGGUCCUCGUCCGCGUCACCCACUCGGGUCUCUGUGGCACCGACAUCCACUACAAAACUACCGACAUGGCUCUCGGCCAUGAAGGCGCCGGAGUUGUCGAGUCUAUUGGACCAGACGUUCUGGAUUUGAAGAAAGGCGACCGCGUGGGAUGGGGAUAUGAACAUGACUGCUGCGGUCGGUGCAACCAGUGUCUGACUGGAUGGGAGACGUUUUGUCCCGAUCGCAAGAUGUACGCUGCUGCCGAUACGGAUCAAGGUUCUUUCGCCUCGCAUGCCGUCUGGCGCGAAGCAUUCCUCUUCCGUAUUCCUGACGGCCUCAGCAAUGAAGACUCGGCGCCCUUGAUGUGCGGCGGAGCGACCGUGUUCAGUGCUCUGCAUGUCGCAGAGGUCAAGCCCACUUCGCGUGUGGGAAUUGUCGGCAUCGGUGGAUUGGGCCAUCUGGCAAUUCAAUUCGCAGCCAAGAUGGGCUGUCAAGUCGUCGUCUUUUCCGGCACAGACAGCAAGAAAGACGAAGCCCUGAAACUGGGGGCUCACGAAUUCUACGCGACCAAGGGCGUCAAAGAACUCCAGAUCCCCAAGAAACUUGACAAUCUCGUCGUCUCGACCAGCGCACAGCCUGACUGGAAUCUGUACAUCCCUGUCCUCUCUCCCGGAGCUGUCAUCUCACCGUUGAGUGUCACUAUGGAGGACUUCCGCUUCCCCUACAUGGCCAUCCUAUCCAAUGGAUUGCGCGUUCAGGGCUCGCUCGUGGCGGCCAGAAAGGUCCACCGGGACAUGCUUGAGUUUGCAGCUUUUCACGGCAUCAAGCCAGUCAAAAUGACGUAUCCGUUGACUCUAGAGGGUAUUCAAGAUUGUUUCAAGACGUUGGAAGACGGCAAGAUACGGUACCGUGGUGUUUUGGUGGCGCAAUAA